AUGGACAUGGACAAAAAAGUGAGACAAGCCCUCUAUCAUGCCUUCCAAGAACUCCUUGAAGAUCAAUUUAAAGAAUUUAAAUGGAGACUACCAGCCACUGACAAUGAUGAAAAAAGCAAAAUCCCCAGAGGUCUGCUGGAGAAAGCUGAGAAACAAGAUGUUGUAGAUCUCAUGUGUAGCUGUUAUGGAGAAGAUCGUGCUCUAAGUGUAUGUAUUCAUGUCCUUGAAGAGAUCAGUGUGAGAGAUGUUGCUGCAAAACUCAAAGAAGCAGUACAGCAAGAUGCUGGUCCUCACCAAGUGACUGAAAUAACAGAUUACAGAAUCCAUAUUAAAACAACAUUUCAAACAAUGAAAGACCCUAAUUCUCGCCUUGGGGAAUAUGUGCACCUAAAUGAGAGAUAUUCAAAGCUAAUCAUCAUAGGUAACCACCAUCCCGAAAAGGAGAGAGAACUUGAAAUCAAGGCCUCAGGAUGGGAACAUGAUAAAAUCAUGAAAGAGAGAGCCAGUUCUUCUACCACCACUGAAAAGCUAUUUAAGCCUGACAAAUAUGGACUGAUUCCACAAGUCGUUAUUCUACAAGGAGCUGCAGGAAUUGGAAAAACAACGACAGCAAGAAAAAUCAUGUUUGACUGGGCCUCUGAACAGCUUUAUCAAGACAUGUUUGAUUAUGCUUUCUAUAUUCAUUGCAGGGAGAUGAACUUCUGUACUGAGGAGAAGAGUAUUGUAGACAUAAUGUUGAAAUGGUUGCCCAGUGAUCAUGAAGUUAAACAUAAAGCUAAAGAGUUAGGUAAAGAGAUAUUGCAGAAUCCAAAGAAACUCCUAUUCAUAAUUGAUGGGUUUGAUGAAUUAAGAUUUUCCAUCGAUCAGCCGGAAGAUUGCCUUUGCACUGAUCCCUGGAGGAAGGAGCCGAUGGAAGUCCUUCUGAGCAGUUUAUUUCGGAAAAAACUUCUUCCUGAAUCCUAUCUGAUAAUUACAACAAGACCAACAGCCCUGGAGAAAAUCCAUCAGUACUUGCAGUGCUCACGUUAUGCUGAGAUCCUGGGAUUUUCGAUGGAGGACAGGGAGGAAUAUUUUCACAAAUUCUUUCAGAAUGAAGACCGAGCAACACGAGCUUUCAGACAUGUAGAACAAAAUGAUACUCUGUUCACGAUGUGCUUAAUUCCCCUUGUGUGCUGGAUCAUCUGCACAGUGAUGAAAGGACAGAUGGAAAGAGGUGAAGAUCUUGGGAAGGCAUCAAAUACACUCACUGCAGUCUAUAUGCAAUAUCUCUACAGUUUGUUCAAGUACCAUCACGGCCAAUCAAAGGAAAAUUUCCAAGUAAACUGGAAAGGUUUAUGUUCUUUAGCUGCUGAUGGAAUCUGGAAACAGAAAAUUCUAUUUUGGGAAGAAGAAAUCAAGAAGCACGGCUUAGAUCAGGAAGACUCCCUCCCUCUCUUUCUGAAUGAGAACAUUUUCAAAAGGGAGGUUGAAUGUGUUUGUACCUACAGCUUCAUUCACUUAAGCUUCCAGGAGUUUUUCGCUGCUUUACAUUAUGUACUAGAGGAAGGAGAAGGGCAGAGAUCAGAAAAAACUAAUCGAGAUGUGAGGAUACUGUUAAAAUGCUAUGAGAAUUCAAGACAUAAUUUUGAAGUAACAGUGCUCUUCAUCUUUGGUCUUUUAAAUGAAGAGGAAAGAAUGAAAGUCUUGAAAGAAAUGUUUGGAUGGAAAAUUUCACCUAAGAUUAAAGACGUUUUACUGGAAUGGGUGAAAAAAAUCACCAAAAACAGGAGAAUUGGUAACUCUACAUUAGUAGCACCAAUAUUCUGGUGUUUGUAUGAGAUCCAGGAUGAAAAUUUUGUAAAACAGGCAUUGGAUCAUAUAACUGAAUUAUACUGCUUUUCUUCAUCUCAGAUGGAAAUAAUGGCCAUGGUGUAUUGUCUAGAGCACUGUUAUAGCUUGGAGUGCUUUGACUUAUUUGGUUUUCGUUAUUGGGGGAAAAUAGACGAAGAUGAUGAAGAAUUCUGUUCAGAACUACAGUUAGAUAAUGAAACUCACCAGAAUCAUAAAGAAAAUCUGGAACGGCUCUGCACAGCAAUGAAGUCUCCAAGGAGUAACUUCAGGAAACUGAGGUUUCAGCAUUGUGAUCUGACAGCAGCAUGUUGUGGGGAUCUCGCCUCUAUUCUUAGUACCAGCCAGACCCUGACAGAACUGUAUUUGGAAAGAUGCCUUUUGAAGGAUUUUGGACUCUCUCUGCUGUGUUCAGGGUUAAAACACCCUAAUUGCAGACUGCAGAAGCUCAGGUUUCAGUUAUAUGAUCUGACAGCAGCAUGUUGUGGGGAUCUCGCCUCUGUUCUUAGUACCAACCAGACCCUGAGAAAAUUAGCAUUUUCCCUAUGCCCUUUGAAAGAUUCUGGAGUUCAUCUACUGUGUACAGGGUUAAAACACCCCAACUGCAGACUGCAGAAGCUCACGUUUUAUGAAUGCCACUUCACAGGAGCUUGUUGUGGGGAUCUUGCCCAAGUUCUCACUGAAAACCAGAGCCUGCAAAAGUUAAGCAUAACUACGAAUCAAAUAGAAGACACCGGAGUGAAAGUGCUGUGUGAAGGGCUCAAGCAUCCAAAGUGUAAUCUACAGGUGCUGCACUUGGCUUAUUGCUCUUUGACAGUGGCUUGUUGUGGGGAUCUUGCCCAAGUUCUCGUUGAAAACCAGAGGCUGAAGGAAUUAGAUCUGUCUGGCAAUGAACUAGAAGAUGGAGGAGUGAAGCUGCUCUGCGAGGGACUAAGACAUCCAAACAACAACAUAAGGAAUCUAUCCGUGGUGAAUUGCUCUUUGACAGCAGCAUGCUGUGGGGAUCUUGCUGAAGUUCUUACUGUAAACCAGAGGCUGAAAGAAUUAAGUCUGUUUCAGAAUGAAAUUGAAGAUGCAGGAGUGGAAGUGCUGUGUGAGGGGCUAAAACAUCCAGACUGUAAACUAGAGGAGCUGGACUUGAUAUUUUGCUCUUUGACAGGAGCCUGUUGUAGGGCUCUUGCUGAAGUUCUUACUGAAAACCAGAGGCUGAAAAAGUUGCUUUUGUCUGGAAAUUCAAUAGAAGACACAGGAGAGAAGCUGCUACUUGAAGGGUUUAAACAUCCAAAGUGUAAUCUACAGGUACUAGACUUGUUGAACACAAUAUCACAUUGCAAAGCAGAGAACGGAUCAACGGCUUGUCUUCUGUUGAUACUUUAUAAUCAUAUUCUUCCAUUUCAGUGUCGGCGGAAGAGAGAUAAGGAAGGAAGAUGACAACAGCCAUGAAGAAUCGUGAAAUGGUGAUGAAGGUUUAUAAGAGAGCCUUUAAU